GAGACUUGCUGACCACAGGUGGCAGACCUGAUCUCUUCUGAGCUACUUGCAGCCUCUGGGCCAUUGAGACGUUGACUGUGGCAGACAGUUACCAUUCAUUCCUUGGGAUCGUACCUGCCCUUUCUCUCCCCAUCCCCUCCCGCACUGCCCUUCCCUCUUAUAAAACUCCAGUGUGUCACGGUCCUGCUAUGGAGCCCAGGGAGUCUUUGGGCAGCUCCCGGCAAAGGGGAGGCGAGGCGGAUUUUCUGCCAACCUCUGUGUCCUCUGCCAAACCACCAUCUGCCUCCAGCUGCACAGGGGAGACAGUGCUGCCGACGGCUGGCUCGGGGAAGGGGAUCCCAGUGAGUGGAGAGCGUAUGGAGCCUGAAGAAGAGGAUGAGAUGGGUUCUGGGAGAGAUGUGGAUUCCACUUCCAAUGCAGACAGCGAGAAGUGGGUGGCAGGAGAUGGGCUGGAGGAGCAAGAGUUUUCCAUCAAAGAGGCAAACUUCACAGAGGGGAGUUUGAAACUAAAGAUCCAGACGACCAAGAGAGCUAAGAAGCCCCCAAAGAACUUGGAGAACUAUAUUUGCCCACCAGAGAUCAAAAUAACCAUCAAGCAGUCCGGGGAGCAGAAGCUUUCCAGAGCUGGGAAAAACAGCAAAGCGGCUAAAGAAGAGGACAGAGGACACUCCAAAAAGAAGAACCAGAUGAAGAAUUUGGGAAGAGAGUGUGGAUUCCCCGUGCAGAGUUCGGUGACAAAGUCUGUGAAUAAGGUUUAUGAUAGGCAACAGAAACAUUCUACACUGCACUAUGAUCCAGGCCUCCAACAAGACUUCACCGGUGAUACCUUAAAAUCAAAGCACCAGCAGAAAAGUAGCAACCAGCACCAUCUUGACUGGUCAGCAAGCUCCAAUACUGGAUCCACUUCUCAAAGUUGCUUCAUCAACACAGAGCCCAAUCGAGAAGCUGUUUGUGCCACUAAGGUCACCCCUCCAGAGCCAGGAGUUUCCUUCAGUAAAUCACAAGCAAAGAAGUCCUGUGCCAGCAGCACAUGGGGGCAGCUGUCUGUCAGCAGCAAAGAGCUUGCCAUUUGCAGUGCAGUCCCAUCACCCAACAACAUUGGUGUGGCUGCUCAGCCAAGCAGUGCCUCCGAGUGCAAUGGGCUGUUGCCUAUUGGUGAUCAAGACGGAAGUGUGCAGCUGGAAGCCCCUGAUCAGUCUACUGGGAGUACAAAGAAGAAGUCGAGCAAAAAGGACUUGAUAUGUCAAACCAUCCAAACUGCUGACAUUGAGUGGAUGAAGAGCACUCAGAAAGCAUUUGACAGCAAAUGUCAUGACAGCAUGGAAGGAAAAAAAGAAUCUUAUUCAAUGGACAGUGUGUUGGAUGCGUCACCAUCAAAACAGAAUCCCGCUUCUGCCAGCAGCUGUGAAAAUGACACUAGCCAUGUACGAAUUACCAUCCCAAUAAAGUCGCCAACAACAGAUACAUCCAGCCACAAAAGGAAAAAAAGGCAAUCUACAAAAUCUUCAAUGGAGAAAGUUAUCCAAGAGAAAAGUCUGCCUUCUGGACUUGCUAUGAACAGUGAAGUAGCGAACAGGACUAUCUCUCAGUCAGAAGGGAAUAAAAAAGAUAUUCGUGUCACAAAGCCAGGGAAACUGAUUGAAAAUGAGUCCCCCUUAGCAGCUAUUGACAGCAGUGUGCUUAUUGACAGAGCUUCCCCCAACAGUGCCACCAGACUCAGAAAAUCUGUAGCUGUGACAUCUACUCUCCUAUCCACUGAUCUCCCCACACCUAGCAAACUGUCUGAGGUCCAGCACCCCAAACUCACAGCAAAACGGCGAUGGACCUGCAGCAAACCGAAAUCUAUCCUUCGGGAGACCUCCAUGACAACAUCUGAGAAGAUGAUGGUGGAACCUCCUUCAGCCUAUCCCAUCACACCAUCCAGCCCUCUGUAUACCAAUACAGACAGUCUUACUGUGAUCACACCUGUCAAGAAAAAAAGAGGACGACCAAAGAAACAGCCUUUGCUCACUGUUGAAACCAUUCACGAGGGAACAUCCACUAGCCCAGUGAGUCCAAUCAAUCGUGAAUUUCCAGGCACAAAGAAAAGAAAGAGGAGACGGAAUCUGGCCAAGUUGGCCCAGAUGGUCCCUGGAGAGGACAAGUCCAUCAGUGAUCUCAAGUUUCACAAAAAGGUUGGAAAGCUGGGGGUCUUGGAUAAGAAGACUAUCAAGACCAUUAAUAAGAUGAAGACCCUCAAAAGGAAGAAUAUUCUCAAUCAGAUUUUGUCCUCCUGCUCCAGCAGCAUAGCUCUGAAAGCAAAAAUCCAACCACCUUCUUGUGCUGGGCCAACAACCAUUGAUGCCAGACUAGGGAAGCAGAUCAAUGUCAGCAAGAGGGGGACUAUCUACAUUGGUAAAAAACGGGGCAGGAAGCCAAGAGCAGAGCUGCAGCCUCAACCAGAAGAACCUAAGACAGCCAUGAAGCACUCAAGGCCUGUUUCCAGCCAGCCAGAAAACCCAGCAGUGCCUUCCAACCUGCAGUCACUUGUGGCAUCGUCACCAGCAGCUAUUCAUCCGCUUUCGACACAGUUAGUGGGGACUAAUGGCAACCUUAGCCCUGCAAGCACUGAAACAAAUUUUUCAGAGUUAAAAACUAUGCCAAAUCUUCAACCUAUCAGUGCUCUUCCUACAAAAACCCAGAAAGGAAUGCACAGUGGAACUUGGAAGCUGUCUCCACCCAGGUUAAUGGCUAAUUCACCUUCCCACCUCUGUGAAAUAGGUUCUUUAAAAGAAGUUACGCUGUCACCAGUGAGUGAGUCUCACAGUGAGGAAACCAUUCCGAGUGACAGUGGGAUAGGUACAGACAACAACAGUACUUCUGACCAAGCUGAGAAAAGCUCAGAAUCCCGCCGGAGAUACUCCUUUGAUUUCUGCACCCUGGACAAUCCAGAGGCUAUCCCAUCUGACACCAGCACAAAAAACAGGCAUGGUCACCGGCAGAAGCAUCUCAUUGUGGAUAACUUUCUCUCUCAUGAGAGCAUGAAAAAGCCAAAGCACAAGAGGAAAAGGAAAAGCUUGCAAAAUAGAGAUGAUCUCCAGUUUCUGGCAGACCUUGAGGAACUCAUCAAUAAAUUCCAAGUGUUCAGGAUUUCACACCGUAGUUACACAUUUUAUCAUGAAAAUCCAUAUCCCAGCAUCUUCAGGAUUAAUUUUGAUCACUAUUACCCUGUGCCAUAUAUCCAGUAUGACCCAUUGCUCUAUCUUCGCAGGACCUCUGACAUGAAGUCUAAGAAGAAGCGUGGUAGACCUGCCAAAACCAAUGACACCAUGACAAAGGUGCCUUUUUUACAAGGGUUCGGUUACCCUAUUCCCAGUGGGAGUUACUAUGCACCCUAUGGAAUGCCUUACACAUCAAUGCCUAUGAUGAAUCUUGGUUACUAUGGUCAGUAUCCAGCUCCUUUGUACCUGUCUCACACGCUCGGAGCGGCUUCCCCAUUUAUGAGACCUACCGUGCCACCACCCCAAUUCCAUGCAAGCUCUCAUAUGAAGAUGUCCACCACUGCCAAGCAUAAAGCAAAACAUGGAGUGCACCUACAAACACCUGUGGGAAUGGGCCUUGGAGACAUGCAGUCCUCUUUGGCUCCUCCAAAGGUUGGAGGAACAAGCCUUUCAAGUGGCCGACUUCACAAAAGGAAACACAAACAUAAGCACAAGCAUAAGGAUGAGAGGAUACUGGGGACACAUGAAGAUCUGAGUGGUCUCUUUGCUAGCAAGUCCACUGGCUUCUCCAGUCACUCUAUCAAUGAAAGGCUAAGUGGCUCAGAUAAAGAUCUCUCCUUGCUCAAUGAGAAAAGCAAGUAUAAGGAGAAGCAGAAGCACCAGCAUUGUGAAACUGGACACAAAAGCUCAAAGAGCAACUUUGAAGUGGAUACACUGUCUACCUUAUCACUUUCUGAUGCCCAGCAGUGGACACAGAGUAAAGAUAAAAGUGAUUCAAGCAAUGAUCCCAUUGACUCUUGCACAAAGAGAUACUCUGGUAAUACUGAGAGUAAUGCAAGGUCAGAGUCCCUGGACGUGUUUGGUGAAAUGAAUUCCUCGAGUGAGAAACGGGAUAACGAUGGAAGUGGGAAUAAAAGAAGAAGCUUUGAAGGGUUUGGAACCUACAGAGAAAAGGACAUUCAGCCCUUCAGGAUAAAUAGGAAGGAUAGAAGUACUUAUGAUUCUUCUGCCUCUUCUGGAAUUGUAGGCCCCCACUUAAAAGCAGACCAGACUUCACUUCACAGUAAAAUGGAAAGUUCUGCCUGUAACAUGAUGACCAGAAGGAAACCAGCAACUGUAGAGAGUGUUACAAUGCCAGCUCCAGUAUUAUCUCUCCUGCCUUCAUCAUCAGCAACAUCUGAAGCAGCCAGUCCACCGCUGAAAAAAAGGUUCAAGCGCCGUGAAAUUGAAGCAAUCCAGUGUGAGGUGCGCAAGAUGUGUAACUACACCAAGAUCCUGUCCACAAAGAAGAACCUGGAUCAUGUAAACAAGAUCUUGAAAGCCAAGCGGCUGCAGAGACAAUCAAAAACAGGCAAUAACUUUGUCAAGAAGCGGAGGGGCCGUCCACGUAAGCAACCUCUCUCCUUUGAUGAAGAUUCCAGAGACCAAAUGCCCGUUCUGGAGAAAUGCGUUGACCUUCCCAGCAAAAGAGGUCAGAGGCCAACACUGAAUCCAUUGCUGUUGGAGCAAGCAGCCACUCAAGACACAAUCAUGGCCACCAUUGAGGCUGUCAUACACAUGGCUCGAGAAACACCACCACCACCUCCUCCUCUUCCUCCUCCGCCACCGCCGCCCCCUCUCCCUUUGCCCCGGACACCCCGGCUUGGGAAAAGGAAGAGCAAGUCACCGCAAGAGGAGGAGGAUGACAUGAAAGUGAAGCGGCACCGGAAAGGCAGAGGAAGUGAAAGCGAAGGCCUUCCCUAAGGCCAGCAUGCCCUGUUGGACAUUAAGUGCUGAUAGCAGGGUACGUCAAGACUGACAGACUGGAGGAAUACAGUCUGCUUUGCCCCCAAGGCAGCACUGGACUUGUCACUUGGGUGGCCAAAACUUAUUAUGGAGAGAUGGGGAUCACAUCUUCCUCUUCAUCACUUCGUUCCCAGUCCCCCAGGAAAAAGGGGGAAAGGGUGAGGAGAUGGAAAGGUGGGGAUAAGGGGGGUGGGGGGGAUUUCUAAGUUGGGGAUAUUGUCUACUUUGCAGUUUCCAAAACUAAUCAACAUCUCAGCAUUGCAGUGCUCACACCAUACCCGGAGGCGGGAGGUCAUCCUUGCAGAGAGCUGAGUAUUGUUGCUAGGGCUGCAUGCUCAACUCAGAUUCUGUUUGGUGGGCCAGGUGAAACUAAGAAUAACCAUACCAUAGUAGAAAUCACUGUUUUAAAAAAAAAAAAAAGAAAAGAAAAAAA